AUGGCGCAAGCCACGAAGAAAGACGUUGACAUGGACCUAGCCAACACGCAAACACCACCACAGCGCUCGGCCAGCAGCAUGACUUCGGAGCGCGGCAAGAGCCCUUCAAACCGCAAGUCUAGCCCGGCUCGCCUGAUGGGGCAACACUUCGCUCACUACCCGCCACAAGUCACGAGACACGACACGAGAAACAGCCGCAGAGCCGCCGAAGCUGCCGGGGUGGCCGCGCCAACACACGAAGAAGGACCACGGGAAUCGCGCUGGGAUCCAUCGCACCGACCCUCAAACAAGAAGUCGACGUCACCAGGCCGCACGAAGCAAGCAGCGGUGGAAGGCAUGGACGCUGCUAGGCACCAAGCACGAGCCACCACCGUCGACUCCAAGUGCUCUACGUCGCGCAAUGCCAAGGUCCGUGCAAGCGCCACAACCGCGCAACCAACGCGGAAGGCGGGCGACCGUGGACAAUCGCCGCACAAGACCAUGCGGACGGAGGAAACGCGCGGCGUCGCAACAAAAUUGCCGUGGCAACACCCCAUCGACCGGGAUGACCCGUCCGACGCAGCCAACGCAGCUUACGAUGCGUGCUUCAAUGCUACAGACGUCGACGAGGACGUGUCUGCGACGUUCCACGAAGCUAUGCAGUCGGCUGACGCCACCGGCUACUUGCUUGAAGCGUGCAAGAAGGAGAUAGGCAACCUCGAAGCCAUGGAAUGCUACGAACUCUCCCAGGUUGGUGACCUCGUGGAUAGCUUUGCGCGCGUCGGAGUUCUAGGCAUCGGGGAUAUGAGCACGCAACUUGUUGAUAGCCACGCGUUGGUGACGGGUCAGCACGCAAAGGUCUUCGCGUAA